AUGGGAUCAUCUGCCUUUCCGAAAAACACGAUAAAGAAUAGUGUUUUCGCUCUUUUUCUCACAUUUUGUUUUGGCUUACGCUACGCUAGUGUUUUAUCUUCUGUUCAAGGGAUUGGGAGGCAUCGAAGUCAGAGAAGAAGCUAUAGUCCUCAUCGUCGUAGCCAUAUUCAAACACAUGCAAGAAAGAGGUACGUCAAUGAACCUCGUGAUCACCACCGAUCCCAUCGUCACCGAUUCCCACUUCUUUUUGAUUUUCUCAUUCGCAAUCUCCCUAUCGAUGCUAGCUCGAAAGAUCUUAAGGUUUCCUUUGAAUGGUAUGGUUCGAUGAAGGAUGUUUAUCUGCCGAAAGAAAAAUUAUUACUCAGGUUUCGGUAUGGUGAAGAUGCAGCUGAAGCAAAAGAUAAUCAUCGUUCUCCCAAGUGAUCUAGAAAUGUUUCACGGUCUCUUUCUCUGCGUUCUCCAUAUGGUGACUAGGAAUACAGAACCAAGCAGAGGUCCCCAAGUCCUAGGGAGAAUGGUCAGUGUCCACAUGAUUAUAAAGAUAAUGUGCACAACAUGUUAAAGAGUCCAAGGCGUGUCAAUUGUAAACCUUC